AUGUUUAGUCCAUUACAAUAUUCAUAUGCGGCGGAUGAUGAAUAUGAUACACUCCCACCGUUACCGCCGCAAAUGAAAGCACCACCAAAAAAAGCUGCUCAUCUACUCGAUAUACCUACCGGUAAUAAUGCAUGGAGUACUGUAUUACAACAAGCAGAAAUUCGAAGACGUAAACGACGACAAACAACACCUGAACAUCCUAGUCGAGCAUUAUUUUGUUUAACACUUGAUAAUAAAUUACGUCGAACAUGUAUUAAAUUAGUUGAAUGGAAGCCUUUUGAAUAUUUGGUGCUGUUUACUAUUUUUUGUAAUUGUGCUGCAUUGGCUCUUAGCAAACCAUUACCAUUUAAUGAUACAACACCAACAAAUUCAAUACUUGAACAAAUCGAGUAUAUUUUUUUGGCUAUAUUUACUCUUGAAGCUUUUUUAAAAAUUAUUGCUUAUGGUUUGUGUCUUCAUCCGAAUGCAUAUUUAAGAAGUGGAUGGAAUUUACUCGAUUUUGUUAUUGUUGUUGUCGGAUUUUUGAGUGUUAUAUUGGUUCAAUAUAAUGUACAAGGUUUUGAUGUCAAAUCUUUACGAGCAUUUCGUGUUAUCCGACCGUUAAAACUUGUCAAUGGCGUACCGAGUCUACAAAUAGUAUUAAAUUCAAUUUUACGAGCCAUGUUACCAUUAUUACAUAUAGCUCUACUAGUGCUCUUUGUCAUAAUUAUCUAUGCUAUUAUUGGUUUAGAAUUAUUUUGUGGAAAAAUGCACAUGACCUGUUAUAAAAAUGGAACAUCUAUACUGCCACGAGACGUUGAAACUCGACCAUGUGGUGAAAAAGGUCGAAAAUGUCCUCAAGGUCAAGAAUGUAAAGAUAUCGGUUGGGAAGGACCUUGGUAUGGAAUAAUCAAUUUCGAUAAUUUUGGUUUAUCUAUGUUGACUGUGUUUCAAUGCAUAACAAUGGAAGGAUGGACAUCAAUUUUAUAUCGAAUGAAUGAUGCUAUUGGACGAGAAUGGGCAUGGAUUUAUUUUGUUUCAUUGAUAAUAAUUGGUUCUUUUUUUGUUAUGAAUCUUGUUUUGGGUGUUUUAAGCGGUGAAUUUUCUAAAGAAAGAGAAAAAGCUAAACAAAGAGGUGAUUUUCAAAAAUUAAGAGAAAUUCAACUUAUUGAUGAAUCAUUUCGAAAUUAUAUGGCAUGGAUACGUAAAGCUGAAAUUGGAAAUGAUACAAAUGAUGGCGCAGAACAUGAUGCUGCUCUUGAUGCAUCUGGUGAAGCAGUAAAAAAAGAACGAAAAUUAGAAGCACAUUGUGGUUGGCUUUGUGCUAAAUUGUAAAUAUAUAUAUAUAUGUCGUAGGACAAAUUAAAAUCUAGUUCAGUUUUAAAUCGAACUAGGACAUUGAAAUUUUAAUUCUUCCUAGUUCAGAUUAAAAUUU